AUGGUGCAGGUCUCCCCAACCACGACUCUAAUUGACUUGACGCUACGUGGCGUGGCCCCUGGCUCCUACAGAGCGACUAUCCGUGAGUAUGGCAACCUGGCAGAAGGUGCAUCAUCGACGGGUCCUGUGUGGUCGGGGGGCAGCAAAGGUGAGGCCGCCAAGGGGUUCUUGGGUGUCUUCGAUGUGGGCAAGGAUGGCAGAGGCAGCGUGUACCUCGAUAAGCCCUUUCAGAUCUGGGAAGUCAUUGGCCAUGCCAUGGUCGUCUCGAGACAAGAUGAGUCCGCAGGGGCAUUGAAGAAUGACCCGGACACCGUAGUCGGCGUAAUUGCUAGGAGUGCUGGCGUGUGGGACAAUGACAAGACGGUCUGCUCGUGUACCGGCAAGACAUUGUGGGAGGAGAGGAAGGAUGAGAUCAAGAAGGGUAUGCUCUGA